AUGGAUACCAACGCUCCGCCCCCUCAGGGCACAGCCAACUCCGGGGAUACCAUCGCUCUGCCCCCUCAGGGCACACCCACACACGGCGACAUGCCUCGCCAUGCAAUUAGGCCGCUCAGAGCCACCCGCGCCGGCAGCAACGCUGCUCAGGCUCUUGCUCCCAUGAGCACACCCGCCGUCAGGCACGCCACUGGCGAAUACCGUGGCAAGAAACGCAAGUUGGGCAAAGAUGUGUUCAACUUCUUCAAUAGCGCACAGAAAGUGGAAGAGCUGUGUACAACUCACGACGACCCCAGCGUCGUAAACUGGACGCCCAAUGACGCUAUCCGUGGCAUUGGCACCACCAUGUUGAAGACACUGGACCAUCGGGCCGUGCUUUACCAGGUUAGGCACAACGAGACGUCCCUCCUAGAGACACCUGGCAACUGGGUCAACUUCUGCACGCCGGACACUCACCGCACAGUGGCCGGCGGGCACCUCAUCAAGGUACUUGCCGACAAGCCUUCUCUCGAUGCAAUGGGAUCCACAUUGCUGAAGCUUGCUGCCUCGCACAAUGCACCGUUUCUCCACAUCCGGGUUGAGACCGAGUCUGUCGCGGUCGGUGACCGGCAUCGGCGGCAGUUCGCCGCUAUGGGUGAAAGGGCAGCUAUGAGGCGUGCGGCGGAAGCCUCAGGCGAGGCCGAGGAAUCCUCAGUCAAGGCUGAAGAAACCUCUAUGAGGCGUGCGGCGGAAGCCUCAGUCAAGGCCGAAGAAGCCUCACCCAACCCCGACGGGCGCAAUGUGAAAGUCUGUGUGGUCUGCAAAGAGCAUGGCCACACAGCCCAACAUUGCGUGAUGCCAAAUGGCACCUAUGGCAGUAUCAGGUGCUGCCCGAUCUGCGAUACAAAGGAGCAUGACUUCGAUCACUGCCCGGUUUUUAAAGACAUGGACUUCAAUUCAUGGGAGUUCGUUGUUGGGGCUAGCGAAGUGCUGAUGCGAGAGCGCGGCAAUAAGCCCCAAGUCCGAAGCGCAGCCUGGACAUUCUUUGACAUCCUGGCUCUCGGAUGCGAGCUACAAUACCUGACGAGCCCUCUCGAUGAUCGCCCAAUUUGGCCGUGGUCGAAUGAGUUCGCCAAGGCUGUUGCCGCCGCCAAGCCAGGCGACGAGAUUCUGAGGGGGAAGCUUCACCCGUCCGAGUUCGACCACGCGCAGCACACGCAUAGCGACCUCCCGGUGGACCCCUUCUACGAAGGCAAAUCCAUCGGCGAUAUCCUGGCCAUGCGCUACCGCGGCGAGCUCGACGGUGAACGUUUCGUUCCGGGGGCGAGGAAAGCCGCAGCCGACACCAACGCGCCGAAGCAUUCCGAGAAGGACAUUAGGCGUAUGUUCUAUCCGGCCAUGGAAAAGCACAACCCGCCCGACGAGAAGACCCGUCGUUACAAACCAAUGGCCGAGGUCACCAUCGUCAAGGAGGAGGAGGACGACUACGACAUGCCCGGCGCGGCCCCCCGAAGCGGCCGAUACGAGCAUCGUUCCGAGAUCAAGCAGGCCGUCGGGUCUGCUGGUGGAAAGCCUGCGGUCAGGGACCUCGCCGCCAAGAAGGCGAUCGACAAACAAGCCCGGGACUUUUAUGUCCAAAAGGUCCCGGAUCGGGAUCCCAACAAUGCGGACCUGGUCUAUUACAACAUGCUGUGGGAAAUAGAGGAAACGGCCCAAACGGUUGCUUUCUUCAUGGCCAUGCCUAGGAGCCGUUAG